AUGUAUCGCCUCUCCUGGAAGUAUUCAGGUAAUAGCUAUCGGCUACUAUGGAACUCACCAAUUUGUGUGCAGGUUCAGUGUUUUCUCUUCUCCAUAUUUACUGAUUUGAAUACUGCGAUCAAACAAGACAUCAUGGAAUACAGAGGAAGAAAGAAAGAUGGUAUAGAGCAGUUCAUCGAGCUGCCGCAGAUAAUCCGAGAAAACAGUCUUUCGCAACUUCGAUACAUGAUCCUCAUCGAAGGCUUGGGCAUCCCUGAAGGAUAUGAACAAUGCCCCUACCGUUCUUAUGUUUGGUCAAUUAUGUGCAAAGUGCCAGUCUUUCCCGUACAAAAAUACGCCAAGUUGAUAAACAGCAUCCCAAAGAAGCUUUCACCCGAACUAUAUCUGAAGAUUAAGAAUGACACUUUCCGAACAUUGAUGAAUGACCGUACAUUCCACUCCAAGGUGAGCGAAGACGUGCUAAUGAGACUUCUUGCCGCUAUAGCCAUCUCAAUACCUAACAGUAAAGUGGGGUAUGUCCAGGGAAUGAAUGUCUUGCUUGCCCCAAUAGCAUAUGUGUGUCAUAAAAGUGAGCCACAGGCGUUUGCUAUUUUCCACCAUCUAGUCACAGAACAAAUCCCCUUAUACAUCACUCCCAAUUUGGAUGGUGUACACACAGCUCUAAGUCUUGUGGAUAUGGUACUAAAGAUCAUUGAUCCUGUGCUCAGUUCGUAUCUUGACUCCAAAUUUUUAAAGGCAGAGAUUUAUGCAUUUCCUUCGGUGCUAACACUAUGCGCGUGUACGCCUCGCUUGAAGUCUGUAAUCAAACUUUGGGACUUUUUAUUUGCAUUCGGAACGCAUAUGAACAUCUUGUUUAUCGUGGCUCAGUUGAUCCUCAAUAGGUCAACUCUCCUCCAAACUCCACAGCCCAUGAAAAUCUUGAGAAGCUUCCCAAAUUUAGAAGAAAAUGACAUAAUCAAGCUUAGUCUAAGCUUCAUCCCUGAAAUCCCCAAAGAGCUAUAUGAUCUUAUAGCAAGACAUGGGUAUGACAAACGCGUUCCGGAUGAAAUAAAAGCAUUUCAAGAAAAAAAUGGUCUCUAG